UUAAGAACAAAAUUCAGAUAAUCAGAAAACACACAUCUCAACUUGAUUUCUCAAAAUCCAAACAGGGUAUCCAGAUUACAUCUCUUUCUUAUUCGAUCUUCAUCAAAUUUCUUUUCAAUUUCUUCGUCACCGAUUCACCGCAAAAAAAUGAAUCUUGGUUGCUUAGAGGAUUGCAUGUUCGUGUCAGACAAACAAAACCCAGAGAUUGUAGUUGAUUCUCAGAUCAAAGAAGAGAAGGCCACAGAUGAGUCUUUGGUGUCAUCAUCUUCCAGAACUGGGAAGAAUAAAUCAACCAAGGAUACCAGUCCCACAGCAUUGAAUGCUCUAAACAAAUUUACAUCCCAAAUUAAGAAGCCUUCACACAGGAAGAAUUCUCCUUUGAAUUGGUUCCCCCGGAGAAAGAUUGAUUCUUAUUUGAAAAGGAAAAUAAAGAUGAUGCAGGAAUUAGAUGGUAUGAAUUUGACUCUUGAUGAGACCCUGGAAGAUUCAAGUCCUCAUUACUGUAGGGUUUUGAGAGAAAAAAUGGCAGCAAGAGAGGCUGCACACAAGGCAAUUGAGGCUCGUAAGGCAGCACUGGUAGAAGCAUCUUGGUGUAGAAUACUCCAAGCAGCCAGAAUUCGAAGCUCGGAAGCUGAUGAACUGCUGUUGAAAGCUGAGAAAGCUGCUGCAGCGGCUUUUGAAUCAGCAACAACUUUGGGAGUGAUAAUGUAUGAUAUUCCUAACUGCCCUAAGAGUACCUGUCAGAUUGAAGCAUCCACGAUAAAUAAGGCAGGCUCUACUACACAUACCAUUAGAGCAUCUUUUGAAACAGCAUUUGAGGUAGAUAAACAAGUGGCCGCGGCUGUAAAGGCUGCUUUCUUGAGGCUUGCAUCCUGCUCCUCUUUUAAUAAAGAUGAAUUUGAAGACCUUCUAAAGAAAAUCAAUGAGAAUCCAGAUACAGGUGAUUGCAAGGAAGAGUCAGCAGAGAUCUCUUCAGAAUGUCGAUCAUCAGAGGCAUCUUCAGAACUUGAGGUACUUUCCCAAGAAGUCGAUUUCAAGUCUGAAGACUUCAAUUGCAAGAUGUCAGCUUCAAAGAAUAGAGAGAAGAAAGCUAAGAGGAGGCAAUCUCUUGAAAAGCUCAACCCGGAAAAGCUUGUAGAGAUUAUGCUUGAGAGGCUUAAAUGUUUACAAGAGGUUGAACUCUCAUCGCUUGCUACAAUAGUUGCAACUUGUGGUUUAAAUGCUGCCUUGGCUGAAGUAGAACACACUAAGAAUCAUCCCUCUGCUCCAGCUCUUAAUUUUGCUAGAAGAGCAUCUUCAAUUGGAGCAGGAACUGUAAGAAAAACUAACCAAACUGGACAACUUGACUCUGAACUCCCAAGUCUGGACAAGUUUUUGGUUAAGCACCUGACCAAGCUUGAACGAGAGGUACGAGAAGCCAGGAACAGAAGGAACGAAUCUAAAGAUGGAGGUGGGCAUACACAUAUGAAGCAUUCUUUAAAUUCUGAGGAAGGAAUUCAGGCAAACGAAAAUAAUUUCAACGAGAAUUCUGAGGUGGAUUAUAAAAAGUCAGAUGCAGGUAGUUUCGUUAAUGCCGUUCCCGACUUCGGAAGCAUAUUGGUUAAGCAUUCCUCAAAACUUGAAAAGGAAAUUGAAGAGGCAAAAAGGAAUCAUGGUAACACAUAUGAGAGCGGAGGAAUGCCAAAUGGGGGGGCUAGUCAAAAGAAAGGUGAUAUUGCGGAAGUACCUGGUCUGGAUAAGUUUCUGGUGAAACAUGUCUCAAGGCUAGAAAGAGAAGUCGAGGAAGCCAAGAGCAGAAGAAAAAAUAAUCUGGUUGAGAAAGGCAGGGAGGCUAAUGGAGAAGUAUUUGGAAAACAAAAUAUCAACUUGAAUAAGGAAGCGAAUAGCACUGAAAGCGAAGAUAACCUAGAUAAAAUCCUGGUUAAGCCAGUCUCUAGUUUGGAGGGCUUGGACAAAGUUUUAGUGAAGCAUGCUUCUAGACUAGAGAAAGAGAAAUUGAAAUUCAAUGCAAAUGAACUGGUGAAGUUAAAGAAGAGGGGAGGUGUAAACAUGCCACCGGUGGAUGACCAAGGUAGUUUGGAUCAGAUUUUGGUUAAACACAAGUCAAAGUUAGAGAAAGAGAAGAUGGAAACUGUUGAGCAACCAAGUGAACAGAUUAGAUUCUCUGUUUCUCGUAGAGUAGCAAGGGAUAGAGAGUUGAAAGAAGCAUGGGGAGGCUUAAGCUUAGGAAACUCCAUGAAACCACACUUUUCCAGACUUGAACGAGACAAGGCUGCUUGGAAAAAGGCAGAAGAAGAGGAAAGAAUGCAGACCGUGAUAGAGUAGUAGGUGCCAUAGCUAACCUUUUUUUUUAUUCAUUUGUUCAAUUUAUGAAUAUUAA